AAAGGAUUAAGAAAGGAUAGAGGAGGACUGCUAAGACUAUCUGAAUCGUGGGCUGUGACUAGGGCCGAGCCAAAAAUCAAUAAAGGAUACUACUGAGAAAUUUCGUCUAAAUCUUUGGGCAGGGUUUAGGGUUUCUAGUAUACAUUGUGGACCAGAAUUUUUGGACUCAGGGAUUUUCGGGUUUGGCAUCAAUUUUCGACAAUGGGCACUGAAAUUUCGAGAAUAAUAGAUCCGGAUUCCCCCGCGAAUCCCGAAUUUUCCCGAUUAGGAGUUGCCGACUCUUACAAUAUGCGGAUGAAAAAAAAUAUGAUUUCAGAAUUUGCUGUUGUUCUUUUUUUAUUGUAAAUAUUUUUUAGGUACAAAAGUCUAUAAUCUAUUAGUCUGAAGUCUGAACUCUGAAAUAGUAAAUACAGAUCUUUCACAUACCAGUGCCUCCCAAAGUAGAGGACUGGGAAAUGAGUCUUUCUCCCUAUCUCAGUAUUUAUUUACAUAAAUAUUUUAUAUUUAUCUCUCUUUACUUUUAGAGUCUCUCGAUCACUCUCUCAGAGUCUCUCUCGCUAGAGAGAGUAGAGUAGUAUAUAAAGGCCCAAAGAGGUCGCUCUCUCCUGACCUCUACUCAGACUACUCUACUAUUCAGGGGUAAAAACAAACAAUGGUUAAUAAACAUUGAUUAUUGACUUUGGUUUUUUCAAAAUAUAUUUACAUUUUUCGUCAAGAAUCAGGCAGGUCACAUAUGUGUUUGUAUUUUUGAAUAUAAAAGGUACUGGUAUUUGCGUUAGGAUGGUUAAACAUAUUGAGACUACUACUACUGAUUCCCAAUUGUAAGACAAUGUCCGCCCCUACCGGAUCAACAACAAGCUCAUCCGAUGAGGGAUUUGGCGAGACGCCAUCCGACUCACUACCGAUGCGUCCAAACGCUCGACGUAUUAUCAGGCUCGUUAUAAAUCAGGAGGAGGAGCAUAGGGAAGCGACCAGGAUACUGGAAGAAUCGAAUGAGACGUUGGAGGUCAGGACUGGGGAAUUGACGGACAUGACUGAGAGGUGGGAAGAAGUGACUACGACUUUGGUGAUCACAAAUGAGACGCUGGAGGCCAGGACUGGGGAGUUGACGGACAUGACUGAGAGGUGGGAAGAAGUGACGACGACUCUGGCGAACACGAACGAGACGUUGGAGGCCAGGACUGGGGAGUUGACGGACAUGACUGAGAGGUGGGAAGAAGUGACUACGACUCUGGCGAACACGAACGAGACGUUGGAGGCCAGGACUGGGGAGUUGACGGACAUGACUGCGAGGUGGGAAGAAGUGACUACGACUCUGGCGGAGACGAAUGAGACGUUGAAUAGAACGAGAUCAGAUCUGGAGACCAGGACUGGAGAGUUGACGGGCAUGACUGCCUGGUGGGAAGACGCGACCAAGGAUCUGGCGGACACGAAUGAGGCGUUGAAUAGAACGGAAACGGAUCUGGCGGCCACGAUUGUGGAGUUGACGCACAUGACUGAGCGUUGGGAAGAAACGACCAGGGAUCUGGCGGAAAGGACUUCAGAGUGUGAGACUCUUCGUGAAAACCUGGCCGAACAGGAGGGUACAUAUCUAAAUCGGGUCCACGAACUUGAGGAACAAGUCCGAUCGCUUCAAUUACAACCAGCCGUGCCAAUUGUGCAUGAUGCACUCGGGAGGGUCAUUGCAGCCACUGACGCAAGACAUCUAGUCGGCUGCCUCCCCUCAUUUCGUGAGGAGCUAAUGUACUAUACUUGUUAUCCAGCGUCUGAGAAAAAUAUGUCUGUUGAUCUACGGCGUGAACUACUGCAAACAAUGGAAAUAUCGGACGCUAUUGUCCGCAGUCUGCAGGUAUUGUCGCGCAAUUUGCAACCUUCUGUGGAGGAAGAUGUGGACAGAUUAAACAUAUUUGGCGACGAGCGCUUUAGGGUUUAUGAGUGGAACAGUUACUUAAGCAACUCUGGUCGCUGGCAUGUGAAUUCCCGUUAUGUUUUGGACGACAAUAUUCGCGCCAACCAAAUCUCGAUCGAACGACUGAGACUGCAUUUCACCCGAAUAUAAAAACCUCAAUGCGUACAUCUUAGGAAACUUAAUCAACGAGAUCAGUGCAGUGACCACUGAAUCAAAUAAACAUAUUUAUACAGUAACA